ACCCGGAAGCGGACGGGUGGGUGCUCCCCGUGGCGGCGGCGGUGCGACGCGGGGCUCCGACAUGUCCUUCAAACGGGACGGGGACGACGCGGGGCAGCUGGCCGUGCUGCAGAGGAGACGCGUGUCGGAGCUGUUGGCCAAUUACAUCCCGGAGGACGAAGCGCUGCUGCUGAGGAGCGGGAGAUACGCCUGCACCGUGUGCCCGCACCGCCCCGUCUUCGACACGCUGGAGGUGCUGGCGGUGCAUCGGACCGGCAGGAAACACGUGGGCAGUCUCCGGCGCUGCUAUGGCGGCAGCCGCACUCAGGAGGCGACAGUGAGGGAGCAGCAGUGCCAGGAGGCAGCGGUGGGCGCUGAGGGCUCCCCAGCUCCUCUGCUGCUCAGGACGAAGCGGAUCGCACAGAGCGCGCUGCUGAAGGCAGCUCCAUACAACAGCUGCUGCAGGAGGACAGGGGUGAAUGGAAGUGGUGUGAGAGCAGGAAGGACCCGAAUGGGGCCAAGUGCUGCCCCGACAGCCAUGAAGGAGCACAGAGAUGCAGUGGAGGCCACAGCUGCAGUUGUGCUGCCCAGGCACUGCGGUGGGAGGGGAGCAGAGGCAGCUGUGGAUUCCACCCACACCCAGCAGGGCGGCCCGAGGGGGGCUCGGCCAUCACCGCCCCCCAGUCAGCCCACAACUAUCAGCCCCACACGGCGCCAGGAGCUGCAGCGAUACCUACAGCUUCGGAGUGCUGGAUGGAUCCAGGACCCCUCUGGGAAGUGGGUGAAGGAUGAGAACGCCGAGUUUGACUCUGAUGAGGAUGAGCCCCCCCUUCUGCCCCCCACCUGAGGUGUUCAGCCCCACCACUGUGAGAAUGGGGCAGCUGGAGAUGAAGGGGUGUGCAGGUCAAGGGGAAAUACAGCCUGGUGCUGCGGGGUCCCUUCAUUCUGUGCUCACAGAUUGCCCCUUUUUGAGGGUGUCCUUAUUGUAGUACUGCGGUCUGGCUGUGGGCUCUGGGCUGUCCCCAGCUGUCCCUGCUCCAGGUCACGCUCAGUGUGGUGCAGACAUGUUUGCCUGGGGGGGUCAUGGCCUUUAGGCAGCGUUGGGCUCCCCUUCCUCGUACUCAGCAGCUGUCCCUGCAGUCGGCGCAGCGCCCAGCCACGUCACCCCCACCUCCCCCCAUCAGCCUGUGGGUCCUAUGGGUGCUCCCACCUCAGGACAAAGCCCUGCCAGCUCCCAAACCACCGCCUGCACCCCAAGGAGAACACCCCCACCCCUUAGCCCUUACGUCCCAUGGGCCCCAGAGCUCCUGUCUGGGGUGGGGGGGGCUCCCUGGCAGCACUGCCCCGGCUGAUGUUACACCUGGGCACUGGGAUUUACCCGCUUGCUCAGCUCGGGGCCAUAAAUAGUUGUUGGGAUGGGUGCCAGGGCUGCAGUGGGUGCCAGCACAAACCCUGCACUGGGCUGGGGGCUCUUCCCAGUGCCCUGCAGACCCCCACCCACCCCACAGACCCACACUGCUGGCUACUAUGGGGCUCUGGGUGCCUGGCUCUGAGCUCCAUGGGUGCCCACCUCCCUGCUGGGGGUGCCUUGCUCCCCUCCUGCCCCAAAUCCUGGCAUUGCUCCGGGCCCUGUAACACAAUCCUCUGGGUAUAAAUACCCCGACCCGACCAUGCAGCUUGCUGCUUCCCCAGGGGAUCCAGAGGUCCGGCUGGGCCCCUUAACGAGCCUUUCGUUAAUGGUUCGAGGUAAUUGGGGCCCUCUGGGUCUCAGGCUGUGAAAGAGGGCAUUACACUCCACAAACCAACUCCA